AUGCUGACACAUACUGUGACAUAGUAGUAGGUGCGAAUACUUCAACUUCAAAAUGUGGCUUGCUAGAAUUUAGCUCCUCGCCAUCUAGUAGGGGAUGAGUUGACUCCUGCUCUACAUCUAGCAGUAAGCGAAGGCGCAGCCUUAUCACGGUCAAGGCAGCUUUGGCUUCAUGGGAGUGUCGAAAUUGACACCCAACUGGUCGUCGUGGGGUCAACCCAGCACUUUUUCUUGUGAGUGGGUUUGAAGAACGAAGUCUUUAUGACAUCGUCUCCGGUCGUGGCCACCUCGACAGAUCGCCGUGUUUGUUAUGGUCGGCGACCUUCCCAGCUUCUGCUGAACGUGACUACCCAGCAGAACAACAAGAUGGCUGAAUCAGCGAAGUCUCAAAUUCACUUCAGCGGGAAUUCGUCUUGUCCGAAGUUCACUCCCAAUCAAUUUAAACCAAGUAUAUGUUCCAGCUGUUCUUCUCUGGUAUCCAAUCACAAGGCAGAGGCCGUUGACGACUCCGUUGUCCAGACCGCCCUGGAACACCUGGUGGACUCGGUGCCCAGUUUAGUUCUCGACCGGCUGAACGACGUAGGUCCUGUUUAUCUGGGUGGGUACAAAGCAGCAGCUAACACCAAAUUCCUGACUGAGGAGGCGAACAUUAGCCAUGUAGUGUGUACUGCUCAAGGACUGGGAGAUAUAUUUGGACCCCGCUACAUAAGGUCUAUUGACGCAGCCAAAGAGAAAGGUGUGACUUUCCUGGAUAUGGAUUGGCUUGACAGACCAGAUCAGAAUGUGACCAUGUCAGAACUAGCCCAAGUCAUCCGAUUCGUGGAAAAAGGCCGCACCGAAGGCACUGGCGUUUUAAUACACUGUGCGCAGGGCAAGUCCCGCUCCGGCAUGGCCACCAUGGCUUAUGUAAUGGCCAAGCUGGUGAAGAACGUAGAUGAUUCGCUGGCCCUGGUGCGCAGUCGUAGAACUAUGGCCGAGCCGAACUUUGGCUUCAUGAUCGCUCUGACAGAGUUUGAGCAGUCACCAGAGCUUGCCUUGCUGCGAGAGGAGAUCGGCACACAGCAACCAGCAGCUGCAUCACCACCAACACCUGACAAUAACUAGUUUUUGUACAAAAGAGAACAAUAAGAUUGGCUUUACUGCCACUAGUGAGCCCCUGAUGUCAUAGGACCCUUAGUCCCCCUGUUACAGAAUGUUGAACUACUUUUUAAUUCCUGUUUUUGUGAACACCUGCGCGCUCCCUCCAAAAUGACUUCGUACGUAUUUGCUUUAUCUCGCUGUCAGAACUUUGUACCACUCUUUGAUUCCUUUUUAAAUUGAAGAAGGUGACACAUUGUACAAUGUACAUACCCCAGCUACCUGCCUAUGUAUGCGUUGUUCACAGGCUCUUAUGUUUUGUUAUGUGGCAUGUGACAAAGAUGGCAAUGCCGUUUUUAAAAGAUUUGUGUUUUGUUUCGCCUCUUGACAGCAUUUUAUUUUCGCGGUGAGAUGUGUAGCUCCUAGGUCUAACAGUUGUGCAUCCCAACCUUACUUUACUGUUAUGACAUUUAGUUUCUUGAGCUGUUUCGGAAUGAGUUUUACUUAUGAUCAAUAUGCUCCUCUCUCUCUGUCUCUCUCUCUCUCUCUCUCUCUCUCUCUCUCUCUCUCUCUGUGUGUGUGGGUGUGUGUCUCUCUCUCUCUCUCUCUCUCUCUCUCUCUCUCUCUCUCUCUCUCUCUCUCUCUCUCUGUCUCUCUCUCUCUCUCUUUGGUCUUUGUUUUUAAAAUAUUACUUGUAUGAAUGUGGUGCUCCGUA